AUGUCCUUCAUUAAUCGUGAAGAGACCAAAGAGGCCCUUGAGUACAUCCGAAAAGAGUCGCUCGAUAUCUAUAAUCGGCUUCAUUCCAUUGAAGAGGACAUCAAAUUCGUCCACCUUGUGCAUGAAGCAUCUGUGACUUAUAAGCGUUUUCCUUCCAUAGCUAAUUUGAGAUGCGGCGCGUGGUAUACCGAUCCGGAGAUCGCGUACGAUUCGCCGGCGUACUUCAAGUCCACCGAUGGCCAUUUCAAUAACUGGAGCUUCAACUUACGGCGAGCGAACUUGCAGUUACUAAAGCUAGUUGCUGAGCAUGAAGGAAUUGCUCUGGUAGAUUCCACGCGAUCUGGAAAGCGGAUGCCAGAUGCGCUUUCGAAGACCAUACCUAUCUGGUGCGCUGUCAUCAACCGUGCGAUGAAGAUUCGAUACCCCGAGUUACCAGAUUCAUGGGAUGUCAAGCUUUACACUCCUCCUCAUGUCGUGAGCACUCAAGAGCAUCGUGCCAUUGAACUACGGCUGGACGAAUGGUCCAUUUCUUUAGCCAAUUCAUCCUACGAACUGCCCAAACUUCCAAACCCUCUGCGUCCGAUGUGGAUUACUCCUUCCGCAUCAUCGUUCCCAUCCUUACCAUCGCCGGGAUCAGGAAGGUUCUGUCCUGUAAUCUGUAUUUCGGCAUCUAAGCAGAUCGGUGAUGCGAUUGAACGACGGGGCGGCGGGUUCUCAUACGUUCAAGGCUCUGGCGACGAUCAUGAGCUGUGGGGAAUGGGUCUGACGCCAGCCAUAUUUUGGCGGCAUCGCAAAGAAUUGUUGCAUACACCUCGCUCUCAUUUAUCAGGCCUUGUGGAAUCGCUCGUGAUGAAUCCGUCUCCAACCGAGUCGAACAAGUCGCCCCCCACUGCCAUAUCCCACCUCCGUGGACGCAUAUUGAUAUGUGCUCUCGCCGAUCUGCAGUCUCAACCGAGUGGAGGAAUUGAUCAGGAAGACAACAUGUCUUACCUACUUGUUACUGCCGACUCGAAAGCCCAAGACAUCGAGGCUCAACCAGCGCAACCAAGUGAUGGAGGAGGGGUCUUGCAUCUCCAUGUCGCUAGUGGGAAAAGGGGACAAUACCAGUUCCUUAAAGAUAUCUUGCCUCGUGCUAUGGGCUUCGUGGGACGCGAACUCAAGCAGGGACGCAAAGUAUGCAUCGCUUGCGAGACGGGCAAAGAUAUUAGUGUCGGAAUAGCUUUGGCAGCUUCGCAGAAGUACUUCGAUGACGAUGGCACACCCAUCUUCGAGGGGUCAAAUGGUAACGCUCGCUGGAUCCCAAUGUCCACGUGUAACUGA